AUGAGAACAUCAGCUAUUUUAAAGCUAUUUACAUUUUUCAAUGGUAUUUUUACAUUCAGCGCUUUGGUAAUAAGAUUUACCAAUUUGGAAUGUAAGAGUUUUGAUCAGGAAUUUGUACAAAUACCACAGUGUCGCUUAAAAGUAAUGGCUCGUGAUAAAGUUUCAUUAAAUUUUCAUUUGAAAAUGUUACAGCUGCCCUUAAUCAAUAUGACGGUUUUGGGUCAACUGUUGCGUAAAAGUAAUGAUUAUCGACCAUUUCUUUACAAUUCAUCUACGAAUUUUUGUAGCUUUGUUAAAAAUGCCAAUAAACUUUUAUUUUGGAAAAUUGUUUGGAACAUUGCACGACCGUUUUCAAAUGUUAAUCACACCUGCCCCUAUAAUCAUGAUAUUAUAGUGCAAAAUAUGAUUUUGGAUGAACAUAAUAUGAAAUUGAUUCUAUUUCCACCGGGUAACUAUUUGAUACGCUUUUAUAUGUAUGUCCAGGGUAAGCGUAAAGUUGGUAUUAAUACUUAUUUUUCUAUAAAAGAUAAUUGA